UGACUUCAGGUUGGGGAGUUCAAACAGAAGGAGUAGCUGAGGGCCUGGAUUACUAAUCUACGUUUUCGAGGCAGUUACCCAAACCAAUACACAUAAAUUCAUGGGGAUCAAAGAAACACUUAUAGAAAAAUAUACAAAAUGUAAAGCAUGUAUGACUCAUGGUUUGUACAGAAUACGUGUAGUAUAUCAUAACUUCGGUUCUGGCUCUACUAUCAUAUCGAAGCGCGGGGUCACUGUUUUCAUUCGGCGAAUAAAAGAGAGCAAAUAUACCACCACAUGUAACCGAAAUAUCCCGAUUACUAGCAGUUUUUGGAAGACUAUUCAAGAGUGCAGCAUAACGAAUGGAAGGAUUGCAAGGCCAUUCUACAGAUCAGAUCGGCGACGUAGAGUAUGUUCAGCUGCUUGGGCACCAACUGAUAAGAUAAUGAAAGGAUUCCGUGUGGGAGAGCUUCACUGGUCACUCACUGCAUCCGUUGUGGGGACGGGAGGUAUACUUUGCCAGCCAGCUUACUGAACUGAAACCAUGAUAGAUACGAUUAUCAGCACGUGAUGGAAGAAUUGGAGUCAGCUAGCUACGAUCCGGGGUUGCCAAAAACUACGCUAUGAAAACUGUAGAAAACUGGUUGC